UACAGGGAAUUUUGUGAGCUCAAUGAUAAGCAUAACGCGUGGAAAGCACAGAAGGAAGCAAGAGAAGAGUCACGUCUUCAACAGGCUGCAAUCGUUUCUACGCGUGAAGGCAACGAUCUGGAGGAGACUAAUAGUAACGGGGAAACCAACCAUGAUGAAGAGGAGCAGGGAAAACGCGUCGAGACAAUCGUAGAGAACGAUGUGGAAGGUAGAGGGGAGCCUGAACAUACAACAGGCUCACAGGCUUCCACGACCCUUCUUGAGUGUGGCCCCUGUGCAAUCACUGCGGUACUUUCUGGAAUCGCUGUAGCAGGAUUAAGCUCCCAAACCAGCCCAUCAGUAAAAAAAAUCACUCCAUGUUAA